UGAUUGCGGUACAUAACAUAACAUAAAUAAUCUUGACAAUGAGUUUAUUUAGCAAGCUGCCGUGUAGUGCGGAUCCUUAACAAAUAACAACCUUGUUUCCCAAUCCAACGACUUAACCGUCUUUCCCCCUUUUUAUGUUUUGUUUUAACUAACUAACUGCUCAUAUUUCUUGUGACCAUUUCCAGCUUCUUCACUUUUCUAAUCAAACAGGAAAUUAAACUUUCAGAGGGAAUUACCACAAACCUGACCAUGUCUUACUACCCGAAAGGCCACCAUCACAGUGACGAUGUCCCUGAAUUCGAUGAGUAUGAUCAGACACCCUAUGGUGGUGGAUACGAUAUCGAAUUGACAUAUGGCCGUCCAAUUCCACCAUCGGAGGAGACUUGCUAUCCUCCGAUGUCUUCCGAGUCUGAUGAUUUCGACUAUGAUCGCCCCCACUACACUUCCUCUGCCGAACCCUCUGCCUAUGGUGAUGAAGCUCUUGAUAAUGAGUACCAGAGCUAUUCCAAGCCCAAGACUCGUCCCUCCCGUUCCCGCCCAUCUAGGGAUGGGGAUGAAGAUGAGAACCCUAGUCGCAAGCCUGGGAUGAAUCGUCCUAGCGGAGGAGGUUAUGGUGGAGAAAGUGAGUAUGAUGAAUCCGGGUAUGGACGGAAGGGGAAGUAUAAUGACGAGAGCUCGGAAUACAAUGAGCCAAGUUCUGAUUACGGAUCAGGUUAUGGAAGGAAAAAUGAUGAUGAUGAGUAUGGAUCAAGGCAGAGAAGGAAAAGUGAGGACGAGGAGGAAAACACAGAAUACGGUUCUGGUUACGGACGCAGAAAGACAGACUCUGAGUAUGAAUCAGGGUAUGGAAGAAAAAGUGAGUAUGAAGAAAACUCUGGUUAUGGACGAAAAGCAGACUCUGAUGAAUAUGGAUCAGGAUAUCGAAAAAAAAGUGAGUACGAGGAGGAAAGCUCGGAAUACGGCUCUAGUGGAUAUGGGAAGAAGACAAACUAUGGAGAGGCAGAAGACAGUGGGUAUGGAGGGAAAUCAACUAGUUAUGGGCGUUCAAACUACGAGACAACAGAGGGUGAAGGGUACGGGACAUCAUUUGAGAGGCCUAGUUAUGGAAGGUCUGAGGAAGAGGACUACAGAAAACCCAGCUAUGGAAGGCGUGACGAUGAUGAUGAAGGCUAUGGUCGCAAGAAAUAUGGUGAUGAUGACUCUGAGGAGGACGAGGACGAGGAGAAGAAACAACGUCGUAGGAAUCGCCACCGUCGCCAAAACUCUGACGAUUGAACAGAGUUCUUCUACCAC